UAAAUGUCUGUUGUUUCUCAUCUGAAAAACUCAGAAGAAUCUAGUUGCUAACAAUUCGAUGACAACAACAACAAAUCUUGAUCAUAUUAGCCAUGAGCAUCCACUGAUCCUCAUCGACGAUUUUGAUGCUAGUAGCAUUGCAGCACCACUUGUUUGCGGCGUGUGUGAGAUUCCAAUCAUAGGAGUCUGUCAUGCAUACACAUGUUCUCAGUGUUCAUUUUUCCUGCACAAAAGAUGUGCAGAAUCACCAAAACAAAUCAAACACCCUAUGCACCCGCAACACCAGCUCGGCCUCAGCACGGACUACAAUCACCUGGUACAUCCUGAUCCCUCUAAUAGCUUUCUAUUGCCUCGGACUUACAUCUGUUGUGCAGGUUGUACCCGGGAGAUCAAUCUUAGUAUGUGGGUUUACUCUUGUAAAUUCUGUCAUUUUGAGAUGAAGAUUCCGUAUUUUAAGUCUCCUUUGACUUCUUAUCAAUUUGCCUUGUGCAUGAGAUGUGCCGUGAUUGAGCCAGUGCUUGGUCAUGAAGGGCACCAGCAGCACCCCUUAACAUUAUUGCGCAGAAGAGCUUAUUUCUGGUGUAAUGCUUGUGGAACGGAGGCUUGGGACAUUUCUUCGUAUACAUGUCUUACAUGUCAUUAUUGGAUCCACAGCAGUUGCGCUGUUUCCCCUCACACAAUCAAACUCCGAGUUCACGAGGACGAUACUCUGCAGCUAAUCUAUUCUAUUCCAGAAAUAUAUAGAAGGUUCACCCGCCACUGCCCUAUCUGCAGAUUGGGAGUUAAUACAGAGAAUUGGGCUUAUUUUUGCGAAAACUCUGGAUAUUUUGUUCACAUCACAUGUGCUACUGCAUUAUUAUCGUCUGGGAAAAAUGUGAUUAAAACCGAAGAUGAUGAUGGGCAAACAUAUCCUGAUCUGAUGCAAUUUCCACUGGCCAGCGCAAAUCCAUUAAUAGCGAAUUUGAUAGCAGAGUACCAGUCAGGUAAGCCGGCUAAUCCCACUAUGCAAAAAGAAGAAGGCGAAAAUGAAACACAUGAUGCAGUAAUUUAUCAUUGGAGCCACAGGAAGCAUCCCCUGAUUCUUUUGGAAGAACUCAAGAAUGCUGAUAAUAGUGAUAAUGAUGAGAGUGAUAUCAACAAUCAUAUCGAUGAGAUGUUAAUUUGUGAUGGAUGCAUUGAACCAAUCUCAACAGAGUUAUAUAAAUAUUACUACGGCUGCAUUGGAUGCAAUUUUUUCCUCCACACGUCUUGUGCCAGUCACUUGCCACUGCAAUCUUCCCCGGGAAAAUGUGUAUUCGAUCCUCAACACACUCUGAAGCUCCAGAACAACAAUGGUCAUGACAUAACCUUCUGCACUACCUGCUCCACAUUAACCAAUGGAUUCAUGUACAAGUGCAUAGAAUUUUUUCCCCAAACUCAGAUUGAUCUCAGUUGUUGUCUGGCGCCUCGCAGACUCAAACAUGAGUACCAUAAGCACCCCUUGCUUCUGCGUCCCUCAACAUCAAAGAACUGCAACGCGUGUUUAUCAGAAACUAAUCCAACAUUUGAGUAUGGAUGUGAAACUUGCAGUGACAUCCAGAUUCACCCUCAUUGCGCUCUGUCAUUCCCGAAAGAAUUCUCUCACAGAUGGGAUUCUCAUUCCAUUUCCUUGAUAUAUCCCCCUAUCUACUACAAGGGCUUAAGAUACUGUGAGUUAUGCGAGCUGGAAGUAAAUCAAGAAGCUUGGUUGUAUCAUUGUCGCGAAUGUGAUCAAAGUUUUCAUCCUUUAUGCAUUCGACAACCUCACAAAGUAAAGCUUGGCAAAACAAUUUUGCCAUCGACUCAUAAUCCUCACUCACAUACCUUAACAUUAAGGAUGGUGGACAAAAACUGGUAUUCUGAACGUGUUCAUAAAUAUUGGUCCUGCAGUGUGAAGCGUGAGGGGAUAAUUCAUGCAUCAGCAGAGCGAGAUUUUUACUUCGAAUGUGCGGGUUGUAAUUAUCAAGCAUGUCUGGUUUGUACACGCCUCCAUGCUCUUAGCCAGUCAGGCAGUCACCAUUGUGAAUUGGAAGUCAGUCGAAGUCAUUAAUAAGCCAAAAUUACUCAAACAGCCUCUUCUUAAGAAGUAUACAUCGGGGACGGGAACGCGACUUUAAUGCUCCUAAAUAUUAUAUUCCAUCCGGGUUGUUUAAUUGUUUUAUAUUGGAAGACAGUGGUUC